AUGCCGAACCCCUUCCACGCAACAUACAACUUUGUCGCCUGGACCCUCGACCAAGGUCAAGUCCCCAGCGACGUCCGUCGAAGCCUCGAGCUCGUUCGAACCUGUGACAAAGACCUCCAACACCUCAUCGAGCUACGAAACGAAUGCCUUCCCCGUCUAGAGCGUCGUCCCCUCGUCCUCGCCCGCGUCCACUCCAUCAUCGAAGCCGCCCAGGCGGGGCUCGAGGAGGCAUGCGCCAUCGUCGAGAGGUGCAGACCUGAAGCUCACAGCGGAAAGACACCGUUUGCGAGUCGUGUUGCGUGGUUGCUUGUCGACUCGGGCGAGUUUAGGAAUUUGGAACCUAUUGUUAGUCGGCAUCAUGAUGCUGUGCUUGCGGAGCUCAACUUUUUGAGGAAUAUUGCCAUGCUUGCUCCUGUUCCUGAAGUUUCAAAGGAAGAGGGGAGAUGUGUUGUACAGAAGGAGGCUCCUGUUUUUGACAAUAUUGCACUCUUGGGGGAUAUACUGGGAGAUAUAUCAGUUGAAGCAAAACCUCUACCUCCGAUUCCUUCAAGUCUAACUCCAGCACCGGUCUCGCCGCCCCCCGUGCCUAUCAACCAGCACCAAGGCUAUCCAACUGAGCCGUCGAGUUCACACAUGCCUUCACCACACAUGGUUGGUCUGUCCCCUGACUCUUCAGCGCCAGAGAUUCUCCCCAUGGGUAUGAACCAUUCGACUACGUCAAGACCGCAGCAAAUCCCGGGCCCGGGAUUUAUCUCUGAGGACAUGACCGGCUUGGCAAACCUCCUCAGAGACACACUAGUCUCUCCCGAUAUAACAUCUCCUCAAUAUCCUUACACUGCUCUGCCUAAUCGGCCAGUGACAACAUCUUCCAACCCCAUGGACAGACCAACACGCCCAGGGGCGAUCACACCUGUACAAACCGGGUCGAACCAUCGUCCUUCGUUCUACAACACAAACGAUGGCAUAUCAGACAUGGGCCCUGAUCGUAGCCAACGGGCAAGCAUCGGCUACACACCUUCAGUUUCCUCAUUUGCCUCUCAAAGCUCACCACCGCCUUUGAACAAUAGAGCAUCAUCAUCUACGCUCCCAGUGUACACCUACGGCAUGACACAGCACCAAAACACAUCCUCAACAACCCUCCCAGCACGUUUCACAUGGGCCAACUCUUCCUCAGUGACCGUGUCCUCCCUCCCUCAGACGUUCACAAGAUCCACCAUGUUCAUGGACGGCACCGGCUGGGGACAGCAGCCCAUAGCUGAGCUGGACAGUUCGCCGUAUCAGAUGGUACCUGUCGUCAGGCUCGCAAGCGACGCAGGUUACCCAGGGAGCGACAGCAAGAAUCCAGUUGUCCAGUUUGUGAAGCAGCUAAAUACGAUACCCAUUGAGCUCUCGGCAGCUACAGACUUGUUUCCCAAGACAUCUCUGCAAAGACAAUCUGCACUAUCUGAGGGUAGACAUGGUCGAACGGUCAAUCAGCCGGAGGGACUGCCCUCGGAACAGUUUAAAGAACAACCCAUGGAACAACCCAGAGGAUUCGACCGAGAAGCAACAAAUGUUAGCCAGCCUAUUAGGACAAACAAUUCCUUUCCGAUAGAACGACCUUGA